AUGACAGUUCUCAACUUCUUCAGCAUCUGCAACGGUAUCAAACGUCCAUCAGGAGAGCUCAAGUAUGCAGGGACACAGUGUCACAGAAUCAUUCCUGACAGGAACAUUCAGUGUGGGGACACGACUACAGGAGAUGGCACUGGAGGAAUCAGCAUGUACGGAGACACAUUCUACGACGAAAACUUUGAUAUUGGCUUCGGAGAGAAAGGAACUGUUGGCAUGGCCAACCGGGGACCUAACAGCAACGGCUCUCAGUUCUUCAUCCUCUUCAAUCCAUGGCGGUAUCUGGACAACAUGCACGUCGGCUUUGGACAAGUUGUUGGCAAGGAAUCUCUGGAACUUCUUGACAAGUUAAAUGAGAUUGAAGUGGACCAAGACGGCAUCACGCCAAAGAGAAGGGUCAAGAUUGUAGAUUGCCACGCUAAAGAUGUCAAGAAGUACAGGAUACAGCGUUAUGUCAGUUGCAGUGAAGAUAAAUUCUAA